AUGAAGCACCAAGGAAAAAAACUCAAGCCGUCUGCUGCAGGACUUACAAUAAACCGGCGACCUGCCGGGGUGGACACCAGCGAGUGGCCUGCGCUCCCAGUGUUCACUGCAGCGCGUCUCGUUUGCCGCGAACAGCUUCACGUUAUUGGAGACAGCAGCGUCCUCCGGGAGAUCGACAGCUUUCUGGAUGAAGUUUCCGGAUCAUGGAGUUUCUCCACUGCCUACAAGGUGUCGGGUGGCAGUCUGCGGCUGCUGCAGUACCUGGCGACCCAUGAAUCCAAGACGAAAGACUCCUUUCUCCGCCGCUGGGACGUUAACGCCGUCACAGGCCAAGCAGCGGCUCGUGGGGAUUUGGGGACGCUGAAGUGGGUCGCAGAGAGCUAUUUACCCGGAGAAUUCCUCACGGAAAACUAUCGCAGCAGAGGCUACUGGGGAGGAGUUGAGCUGGCGGGGGCUCUACGUAACCACCACCAACACAUCGUGGACUGGCUACGAGAAAAUGUUGCGGUUCGGCCUGAAUGUGCCGGGUAUUUGAUCAAGGCAGCGACCGAGUGCGGAAACUUGGGGAUCGUGCAGUGGAUCUACGACAACUUUGAGCUUGACCUUGUCGAUGCGUUCAACGCAGCUGUGUUGAAGGGUCAGCUGGGAAUCAUACUAUGGUUUCUAGACCACGCUGAGCACGAAGGCCUGGAUGCUGCUCUUCGGGACGAGAAUGUCUACAUGAGCCCCGCAGAGUUUGGCGACCUGGGCAUGCUAAAGAUAUUUUUCGGUCGGGGGCUAGUGCAAGAGCCUGCAGAAGUUUUGGAGGUGGCUGCUGGACACGGUCAUUUGGACAUCGUCAAAUGGCUAAUCGAAGAGCAAGGAAUAGAAGAUAUUGGUCACGCAUUUGAUCGAGCCGCCGACCAUGGACAUCUGGACGUGCUGAAGUACUUGCGCGAAACGAAGGCUGAAGCGUGCAUUGACUCGCUUUUGGAUGGUGCUGCCGUCGCCGGAUACAUGGGAAUUGUUCGGUGGCUUCAUGAAAACACGCGAGCUCGCUGUACGGUGCAAGCCAUGGACGAGGCUGCUGCCAAUGGGCAUCUUGGAAUCGUGCAAUGGCUCCAUGCCAACUACACGGAAGGGUCUAUUAACAUGGACGUAGCUGCUGCAUUUGGCUACUUGGAUGUCGUGCAAUGGUUUCACGAAACCCGCGACGAAGGAUGCACUAGCUGGGCGAUGGAUAGAGCGGCUGGGAAUGGUGAACUUGAUGUCGUCAAGUGGCUGCACGAGCACCGUCGAGAGGGGUGUACAACCGACGCAAUGGACGACGCAGCUAGCAAUGGACACUUGGAAGUGGUGAAAUGGCUUCAUGAUAAUCAAGAAGAGGGCUGCACUACGAAGGCGAUGGACGGCGCGGCUGCGAACAGUCAUUUGAAGAGCUAUUUACCCGGGGAAUUCCUGGCUGAAGUCGUCGCUGAAGCUGCGUCGAACGGCUACCUGGAGAUUUUGACGUGGAUGUGGGAGAAACACCACAGCCGAGGUUUUUGGGGAGGAGUAGAGUUGGCUGGAGCUAUCUUGAAUUCCCAUCAGCACGUCGUCGACUGGCUACGGGAAAAUGUUGCGGUUUGGCCUGAAUGUGGCGGGUAUUUGAUCGAAUCAGCGGCGGGGGUUGGAAACUUGGGCAUCGUGCAGUGGCUCUACAAACACUUUGAGCUUGGAAUUGUUGAUGCAUUUCAUGCAGCGGCGGCGAAAGGCCAGUCGGAAGUCAUGCUUUGGUUUCUGGAUAAUGCUGAACUGGAAGAUCUGGAUGCUGUUCUCCAACAUGACAGCGUCUGCAUGAGCCCCGCGAAGUUUGGUGACUUGGACAUGCUAAAGGUUUUAUUUGGCCGGGGACUGGUGCGAGAACCUGUAGAAGUUCUCGAGGUUACUGCUGAGCACGGUCACUUGGACAUCGUCAAAUGGCUCGUUGAGGAGAAAGAGCUUCGAGAUAUUGGUUACUCAUUCUAUCUAGCCACGGUCAGCGGCCACCUGGAAGUGCUCACGUAG